UCCUUCAUCAAUGGCAGAGAGCAGAGAAAUAGGAGUCUUCUGGUUCCUCCCCCACCCUCUCCUUUUUCCGGUACUGUGAGUCGGUUGGGGGAGAGCAGCUCUCAAGCUGGCUAAUAGUUCUGUGACCUGGGUGUGUCUACUACAUGACUUCUGGAAGAUGGAACACGCCAGGUUUCUGGCUGGUUUGAUACUGGCUGCCCUCCUCUCCCAAGGUAAAGCUUCUCUAGUGAGCCCUGGGCAGAAAGUCGUGGAGGAACUUGAGGACAAAGUGAUUUUGAAUUGUAAUAACAGCAUCACAUGGCUGAGCGGAACGAGGGGGAAAUCGUUCUCAGACAAUAAAAUUCUGGACUUGGGAAAACGCAUCCUGGACCCACGAGGAUUGUAUGAGUGCAAUGUGACGCUUGAAAACAGCUUCAAAACAUAUACUGUGCAAGUAUAUUAUCGAAUGUGCCAGAACUGUGUGGAGCUGGACUCAGCUACCCUGGCAGGCAUAAUUGUCACUGAUGUCAUUGCCACCCUGCUCCUUGCUUUGGGAGUCUACUGCUUUGCUGGACAUGAGACUGGAAGGCUCUCUAGGACUGCUGACACUCAAGCUCUAUGGAGGAAUGACCAACUCUAUCAGCCUCUCAGAGAUCGGAACGAUGCUCAGUACAGUCGUCUUGGUGAAAACUGGCCUCGGAACAAGUAAACCCAAGACUGAUGGCUUAUGGAACAUCAGUUACCAACUGUACCAUCUCUCCUUUUCAGCCAAUAAAGAUGUCUUCUCCCACUCA